CAUUUCAGCGGAAUAGACGCUCGUUGCAUCCGUGGGACGCAAACUGGCUCGACUUGCUCUACACCUUUACGACACGGGACAGUGACAGGGGCAGAUAUUUUUUGAAAAAAUACGGCUUCUACGCCUUGCAGGCAUUGAUGGAUAGUACCCAAUUCAAGUGUACGAUUUACAGUGGAUUUUUCUGAUUGUGUACUGGAAAUUGACGCCAUAUGAAGAAACCACCCUUUGCUUCUGUCUCGCAUCACGAACUUGUACUUCUAAAAAUAUGGGGAGGCAUGAAUUGGUUUAUCUUCACAAAAGCCGAGAUAUAGACAGUACCUUCUGCCACAACUCAACGUGUUUCCCCAUCGCAUAUGACUAGCACAUCAUCAAAUAUUUUCGAGCGUUUGGACAGUAUGUGGGUAUGUUACAUUCCUCUGAAGGAGACUCGUGCAUCAGUUUCUGUCGGAAGCACACCCACCAUAGUGUGAUGCUCCUUGAAUUCUCUUGGCUCAAUCCGCAGCUCCAGAACCGGCGGCCCACUUUUGGAUUUACAAUUGGAUUCAAAUUAUUUGCAUGAAAAGGCGUUCCCCGAUGGACAAUUAUUCAACUAUUCCAUUGCAGUGUCUGGAGAUGACGACCAAGAGGAAGAUAAUCGGCCGGCUGGUGCCCUGCCGCUGCUUCCGAGGUGAAGAGGAGGUCAUCUCCGUGCUGGACUACUCGCACUGCAGCCUACAGCAGGUGCCCAAGGAGAUCUUCAGCUUUGAGCGCACGCUGGAGGAGCUCUACCUGGACGCCAACCAGAUCGAGGAGUUGCCCAAGCAACUCUUCAACUGUCAAGCCCUCCGGAAACUCAGCAUGCCUGACAACGACCUCUCCAACCUGCCAACCACCAUCGCCAGCCUUGUCAACCUCAAGGAGUUAGAUAUCAGUAAAAAUGGUAUUCAGGAGUUCCCAGAUAACAUCAAAUGUUGUAAAUGCCUGUCUGUGGUGGAGGCCAGUGUCAACCCCAUAACCAAGCUCCCCGAUGGCUUCACCCAGCUCCUCAACCUGACACAGCUGUUCCUAAACGACGCCUUCCUGGAGUACCUACCUGCCAACUUUGGGAGACUGUCCAAAUUACGGAUCCUGGAGCUUCGGGAGAACCAUCUGAAAACUAUGCCAAAGUCAAUACACAGAUUGUCCCAGCUGGAGCGCUUAGACAUAGGGAGCAACGAGUUCACUGACGUGCCAGAGGUUUUGGAGCAGAUACACAAUCUGAAAGAACUGUGGCUGGAUAACAACUCAAUACAGAGAAUACCAGGGUCUAUAGGGAAGCUGCGGCAGCUCAGGUACUUGGACUUGGCCAAGAAUAGGAUCGAGGCUCUGGAUGCGGACAUCUCGGGCUGUGAGUCCUUAGAAGACCUCCUGCUGUCCUCCAACAUGCUGCAGCAGCUGCCCGACUCUAUAGGAAUGUUGAAAAAGCUGACAACGCUAAAAGUAGAUGACAACCAGCUUACCUCACUGCCUAACAACAUUGGAAGUGGACGCCCAAAAUUAGGUUUGGCGCUCUUAGAGGAGUUUGACUGCAGCUGUAAUGAGCUGGAGUCGUUGCCUCCGACCAUCGGCUACCUGACCAGCCUGCGCACGUUUGCGGCUGACGAGAACCUCCUGUCAGAACUGCCUAGGGAGAUUGGCAACUGCAGGAAUGUGACAGUCAUGUCUUUGCGCUCCAAUAAGUUGGAGUUUCUGCCUGAUGAGAUCGGCCAGAUGACGAAACUCCGCGUUCUCAAUCUGAGCGACAAUAGGUUGAAAAAUCUCCCGUUCACUUUCACUAAACUUAAAGAUCUUGCUGCACUCUGGCUCUCAGACAAUCAGUCGAAGGCCCUGAUACCUCUGCAGACAGAGGCCCACCCCGAGACUAAGCAGAGGGUCCUCACCAACUACAUGUUUCCCCAGCAACCGCGACAUGAAGAGGACUACCAGUCGGACAGCGACAGCUUCAACCCCACGCUGUGGGAGGAGCAGAGGCAGCAGCGCAUGACCGUGGCCUUCGAGUUCGAGGAGAAGAAGGAAGAGGAGGACAAUUCAGGAAAAGUGAAGGUGGAGAUUAACCUGAAGCGCUACCCCACCCCCUACCCCGAGGACCUGAAGAACAUGGUGAAGUCUGUGCAGAACCUGGUGGGCAAGACGCCCCACCCACUGGCCACUGACAAGUGCUCAUCUGGUACCAACAUGGAGCACCACAACGCCGACAAAUACGACCCGCCAUGGCCCAUGCCGCCCAAAGAGGUGACAGAUAGAGAAAUGAAAGAGUUCCAGCAGGCUCAGCUGACCGAUCAGAGUGCCAUCAUGAACUCCGCCAUCGAUAUCCCAAAGCGUAAAGACAAGGAGGACCUAACAGAGAGCUCAGAAAUUUCUUUACGUCACGUCGUCCACAAGCUGCCUCAGCCCGAGAAUGUCAGCCUGUCCAUUGCAUCCUCCUGGUUCUGCCUCAUAGAUUCUUUGGGAGGAUCCCCCAAUGACAUCCGCAUCUCCGACAUGAGGCCCACUCUGAUGGAGCCUCCCAUGUACAAACCAAAGGUUGUGUUACUGGGUAAAGAGAAAAAAGAGUCCACUGACGAGUCAGACCCUGAUAAGAUGCAUUGUCUCAACAACAGCGGAUCCUCGGCCACCUACUCUGACUACUCCCCCUCUCAGGGCUCCUCCGGCUCCUCCAACCCACCAGGAAAUGUCGCCGCCCUGCAGGCGGCAGGCAAGGAGGGGGCGCUGCAGACCCACUGGACCAACAGGCUGGCUCAGUCUUUCCCGAAGCCCAUCGAGACCAAGCCUCUGCUGAGUCAGAGGGACACGCCCCCCUCCAGCACCCUGCAGCAGCGCGGUGAGCGUCGCCCGCUCAGCGACAACUUCGACAGCUGGAACGACACCCCCCACUACGACAACACGGGCUUUGUCUCCGAGGAGACGCCCAUGGAGACGCCGGGCGGUGGCGGGGGCGUUGGCGUGGGAGGCGGCGUUGGCGGAGGGGGUGGAGUGGGUGGAGUGGGUGGCGGGGGCAGCAGCAGCGCAGGGAACCCCAUGCUGGGGUCGAAGCCGCACAGCGCGUCAGCGCACGGCCGGCGACCCCUCAUGAGGCAGGAGCGCAUCGUUGGUGUGCCCCUGGAGCUGGAGCAGCCCGGCCACCCCUUCCACGGAGUCCGCACUACCCCCGACGCCGAAGUGCCUCCCCCAGCGCCCCCCAACCCCUGGCAGAACUGGACGCGGACCCCCAGUCCCUUCGAGGACCGGACCGCGUUCCCCUCCAAGCUGGAACUCACCCCAGCCAACAGCCCCAACCCAGACCGCAAGGACUUUGAGCAGGAGAUGGGCGAGCUGCCUGGCACCUUCCCGCUGACCGGAGGCUGGGGCUUCCUGGACCAGCGGGACCCCAGUGGGGCAGGCAGGGGUCACCCCACUGUCUAUGCGCACGGCCAGGGCCAGGCACGCAAGGAGCCCACUAAGAACACCCUGGUCAUCAGCAAGAGCUCGGAGAGACUCUCGCCCAUGAUGAAGGAGGUCAAGGCCAAGUUCAAGAAAUCCCAGAGCAUCGACGAGAUCGACAUGGGCUCCUACAAGGUCUACAGCAUCCCGCUGGACAGCUACAGCAUCGAGAACCAGGGAAGUGUGGACAGGCCCGACCUUCCGCCCGCCAUGGAGCAGAGCAUGUCUCGUAGCCAGUCGGUGCCCCUGCUGGACGAUGACCUGGAUGGUUAUAGCUCGAGCAGCAAGGCUCUACAGCAGCUUCAGCAGCAGCAUCAGCAGCAGCAGCAGAAACCCGCCAUCCCCAAGAAGGUCUAUCACUUCGACCAAAGCUUCAACCCACAGGGGGCCUUGGACAUGGUCAAGCCCGAUCGCCGGGCCCCUCCGCCAUUCCCCAACACGCCCGAGUACAUUAACCAGCCGGGGAAGACGCUGCCCAAGGAGCUGGUGAGCCCCCGGGGCUACCGAGGUUACCAGACCGCCGCAGACCAGAUGUUCUCCUACCCGGGCCAGUCCCCGGUGAACGAGGACGCGUCACAGUUCCCCUCGCAACCGCCACAGCCGCAGCCACGCUCGCGCCCGGGGUUCCUGCGGAGGGCCGACUCUCUGGUCAGCUCCACGGAGAUGGCGCUGUUCCGCCGCGUGGCCGAGGCCCAGGAGAUGCAGCUGCAGGCCGAGCAGCAGCACUACGGGGGCGGUGGAGGCCGGUCCCAGUUCAAGCCCAUGCUGGAGCACCAGAACAGCAUGUCCACCAUGGGCGACACGCAGUUCCACAAGCGAAACGGUAGGUACGAAGAGGACUACUCCUCUUACCAGGAGCCCAAGAAGCCCAUAAUGGGAUACCCCACCAAGAGCUUGACUCAACGGCGCCCCCUCUCUGCACGAAGCUACAGCACAGAGACCUACGGAGCGUCCCAGGCCCGGCCAGUCUCCGCUCGGCCCACCAUGGCCGCCCUGCUGGAGAAAAUGCCCUCGGACUACAACCUCAGCACCUGCAACGAGAAGGUCAUCAUGGACACGGCGGACAUGAAACUGCGGGCCAUGGCAUCUAAACCGGAGGACAUUGCGUCCAAGAUGCCUGUGGACUGGAGGCAGCAGCUCCUCAGACACAUAGAGGCCAAACGAUUAGAUCGGAGCGCUGUCCUUAAGCACAACACAGUACACUUGGGCAUGCUGUACUCGGGAGGCUAUGCAGCACCGCAUGCCAACAGAAGCAUGACUAUAAACUUUUACAAUAACACAAAGCAUGACAACCAAACUGCUCAGUGGCUACCUCUCCCAAAUACCCCCUCUCAGCAGAGCAAUAUUUUAGACAAUGGGCAAGAGGUGGUGUCCCCCAGCAGCCAGUGGGCACCCUACUCACUGGGCAGGAGAGAUGUGCCCCCAGAGAGCCUCAUGAAGAAGCAUCCUGACUCUCUGCCACCCGGGUUGAAUUACUCCCAGGCUGUCGGCCACCAGCCCCAGAGCAUGAUCAUGACCUCGGCCACGGCCUCCGCCACGCCAACCCACCGCCAGAUCCGAGAGCAGCAGCAGCAGCAGCAGCAAUCCCACCACCAUCACCAGCAGCAGCAGCAACAUCAACAGCAGGUGCAGCAGUACCAGCAGCAGCCACAACAGCCAUACCAACACCAUCAGCAGCAGCAUCAGUAUCAACCACAGCAGCCCUAUCAACAUCAACAGCAGCAACAGCAGCAUCAUCAGCAGCAGCAGCAGCAGCAUCAGCAGCAGCAGCAGUACGAGGGUGCCAUCAACAAGAUCUCCAUUCAGCAGUACCAGUCCCCGUUGCCCCCCAUGCCCAUAACCACCACCAGCCCCCGGCCCCAGAGCGCCCGCUGCCUCGUCCAGACCAAGGGCCAGAAGAGCAUAGAUGGCUUCCAGGAGCAGGUCUGGCCCAACCCGUUCUGUGUGCGGAUUGAGAAGAAUCCAGGCUUAGGCUUCAGCAUCUCAGGGGGAAUCAGUGGCCAGGGAAACCCUUUCAAGCCCUCUGACAUGGGUAUCUUUGUUACUAGGGUACAGCCUGACGGACCCGCCACCAGCGCGCUGCAGCCAGGGGACAAGAUCCUGAAGGCCAAUGGACAUAGUUUUUUACACAUCGAACAUGAAACUGCUGUGUCUCUACUGAAGAAUUUCCAGAAAACUGUGGACUUGGUAAUCUUGAGGGAGAGCACAAUAUGAAUUCCUUUCUUUUUUUUUACGAGACCAUGACUUCUGACAAAGAACACAAGAAAGGUUGAACAUAUGUAUAAAAACAUGUAAACAUAUAUCGUCCCAGAUGGCUGCAAGCUCUGGAACUGAACUGGUCUCGUACCGAUCCGGACCAAAUCGGUUUCGCAGCGAGCCGCCAUCUGAGACAUGCAUUCACGCACACAUGUCCAUACAAACUCAAAUGUUUUUACAUAGGAACAGAGACAUUUGCCAAUUGCUGGACCAAUGGCAAAUAUUAGUGCCAAAUGUAAAAUAGAAUACAUAUCUUAUAUGGUUAAAUAUGGACGCCUACAUAAAAUAUGCUCAAGUCAAAUCUCCUGUCGAUGUGACUACAGCAGUCCUCUCCAUCUGCCAGCUUAAGGCUGCAGGUGGGUGCGCUUUUUUUCUCUGCUCAUUUCUAUGCCUUUCUUCAUUUUGUACCUACUUUUUCCAAGUAGCUACUCAUUUUAAUCUCAGAGCAUGGAAGCACAUUGGCGCUUAGAGGUACAUUCACCAUCAACACUGCCUCAACUUUGUAUAUGCCUUGUGUAAAUACUAACAUUUACUUACAAAGAUGUGAAACGAUAGGAGAAAUGAGUAUGAGAGAAACGAAAAUACAAUUUUCCUAUUUUAAGCUUGUGUUCUAUUAUUACAGAAAAACAAACUAUUUGUCCUGUAUUAUAAUUAAAGGAUCAUUUUUUUAAUCAAAGUUAUUGAAAAUAAUACUGAACAAGAGCAUAUAUUACAAAUUUCCUUCCAUCUACUUAAACCUUACUGUAAGACGUUUAUGCCACUUACCCACACUGCAUCGCGUGUCCUAGAAUCGUUAGUAAAUGUUGAAUAAUGUAUGGGUUUGCACAAAUUAACAGGAAACAAAGAGAAAUCCCAAAGCAAUAGAGCUACAUUCAUUUAUCUGCAAUGACACAUAUAAUUGAGUGGGCUACAGUGCCCCCAUCUGGUCCAUUUGGGUAAAAGAACGGCUUACAAAAGAGUUUACACCAAGUUCUGCUCAGCAAGAUGCCAUGCUCAUUUUUCUUGAGGUUUUGCAAAAUGUUGCUACCUCUAUGUGUUGGUAAACAGACCCUAGAUUAUAAAUGUGAAACAGUGCCAAAACAACUUGCCAAAAGUUACACUCUUCAAAUCUCAGAAAAGAGGAAAGAAUUCACUAUACUGCACACAAACAGAAUUAUUAACACACAGGAGCAGAAUUACUGCACAGAUUCUAAUAAGUGGCAUCACAGAGAAGAAACACUAAAUGUAAUCACUGUGAUGCAAUGAGAACUAUCAAAUCGAACUGAGAGUUGUAUUUGCCCAUAACACUAGACAACCCCCGUCAUUUCAUAUUCGGGGAGAUCCAUUUAAAGCUUUAAUGUUACAGCAUGCCUACACUUUAUGGAAACUGUUUUAUUGUAGUUGUUUUUAAGAAAUGUCUCGCAGCAUGUAUAUUGCUGGUUUGGGGUUUGCUUCAGCUUCACAUGACCUUAUUGAAAUUGAAACUUGAUCAAUAACGUUCAAGUGUUUUCAUGGGAAAACGGAUCAUUAUUGUGGAAGACUGGUGCCACAGUAUCCCCUGUUGUGAAUAGAAUCCUAACAAGCCCCAUUUAAAAGGUUUAUUUUGAAUAAUGUAGCAGUAGAUGUGAGUUUUUGAACUAAUCUGAGCACCUCAAAUUGUAUUGAAAAGUCCCCUGCCCCCCUUUCCUCCAAACAUCUGCUCCAAAUUAAGCUUGAACUAUCAAUCGAGAUACCAGACACCAAACUUACGUUUGGAGAAAUAUACACUUCAAAUACUAUUGUGAAAAAGUUUGAUAAUAUAAAUAUUUUUAUUAAAUGUUUUCAGGUAAUAAUUUCUUAAAAAAUAUAUUGAUAUACUUAGCUUUGCUCAAAUUGUGAGAUUUUAUAAGGUUAACAGAAACAGUGUAUGGAUGAGGAGGAUUUAGGACACAAGAAGAAAUGCUGUAGUAUUCAACAUGUAAAAUGAUUUCUACAGUACAUGUGAAUUUGUGUCAUAUAAACAUAUAUAUGUAUAUGAAUAUACAAAAUUGUCAUUUUUGUAUGUGUUUAAAAUACUAUUAAAUAUAAAGCUUAUAUAUGGUACUAUUGCGUCUAAUGGCAGUAUUGAUGUAAAUACUUGUGAAUGAAGGCACAUGGAGAUAAUUUAUUCCUAUAGAUUGUGAAUGUACACAGAGCUUCAGCAGUGUGGAGACUUACUGGACUUGAAUGCUGCUUCAUUUGUUUUCUUUUCUUUUUGUGAGUGUGUGUAAAAAAGUCAUUUUUUUAUCAUGAGGAAGAAAAAUUAUUCAGUUUAUUUAGGGUGGAUUGAGUGACAACUUACCAUACUAUUUAUUUGCACAUGCAAGUUUAAACCUUCCAGUUUAAUUUCACAAAUGUGUAAUUGAUAAAAGGGUGUGUGUGUGUGUGUGUGUGUGUGUGUGUAUGUAUACACACACAUACACACACACACACACCCUUUUAUUAAAUAUAUAUAUAUAUAUAUAUUCUGUGUCUAGAAUGCAUUUUGCAGAUGCCAACUGUACAUAUUUAAGAUACAUUUUAUUAAGAAAACUUUUGAAAAAUGACAAAAAGUUAAAUACUGUGCAGCAGAUUACAGAGCCAUUUUCGGCUUUGGAGAAGUACAGAUUUUUUUCAGUAUCUAAGGGGUGUUUUGAAUAAUGUAUGAAAGUCUUUAUUGUAAAAUUAAUAAAACGUCACUAUUGUUA